GUCGUUUUUUGUUGGUUUUGUUUAACACUUUCUGUCAGAUAAGAGUGUUUUCACUUUAAACACCGUCACGCGAACUUUCACUCAAGCUUGCCGCGCUUUUCUUUUAACGUUAAGUUACCUCAGAAUUUGAAUAAACUCAAACUGAGAAUGAGUGGAAGUGGGGCACAGUCUUUGUUCAUCCUCGAUCUUCCGGACCUGAGGAAUUUAUGUUGUGUAAAUCUGUUCUUCCCAAAUAGUUAUGAUGAAGGAGAGCUGAGAAACAAACAAGUGAAAACCUGCAGGGAGCUUAUUCUCUUGCAUUCAGACAUCAUUGCCUCACCUGUGUUGGGCCAUUAUGGGGGCAUUACUGUUAUAAUGACUACUGCACUUCACAAGACAGGUUUCAUCCAGGCCUUUGCAGAGAAACAUGGUGUACAGUUGUGCCCUCCUCAGAGAGUAUUUCCUGCCAUUCUGCACAACUGUUUGUCUUAUACUGUGACGACUAAACUGGCCCCAAAAUGGAACAAAGCUGGCCAAUAUCUUAUAGCAGGAAAAGAUUUUCUCAGUGACUCCGGAAAACUGAAUGCUGUUGUGCUUGAGAUGAGUGUCACUGAGACUCAACUGUGUGUCAAUGUAGAAGUCAAGACGGUCAGACUUCCUCCAGCCGAAAUCCAGGAUUUUGAUUUUCCUCCUCCUGUGGUGAUAAACUUCCUCCACACUAAAGAAGCUGUGCUGCAUACUGUCAUGCCAAAUAACUGGUGCCACAUUCUGCCCAGUAUGAAGAAAGGCCAGAUCAUCAGCAUCAGUCGCAGGAUUCCAGAGGAAAGCCCGUUCCAGUCUUACUUGGACAUUCAGAAGCACUGGAGCAACAUGUAUGGAUAUCAGCUUCCCUCAGCAGGUGAAGAGGACAUGAUUUACUGCAGUGUGUACUUUAAACCAAUAGGUGACAAGCUGUUCACAUAUCCAUUGUGCUGUAUUCGCACUCAGCCAAUACAGUGUUUUCCCAGAGUCGAUCUGCAGGGGGUGCUGAGAACCUUUAUAUCAGAUCUGCAGGCUGAACUGAAGAGCGUGUGUGGUUUUCCAGUGCAGAUGACCUGUAAGGCUUGCUUUUACAACAGUGAACUGACCAGACCAGUUGCUCAGUACUCUGCGGCCCUGCCUGUAAACGUGACAACAGAAAACAGCAGCAGGGGUGUACUGAACUCACUUCCCAGCAGCAGCCCACGGGACACAACACAACACCACUGCAGUCAGCGUGACUCAACUGAAAAACCCACCGAAAAGAGAAAGAGGCUGAAUUUGGAUUCGUCUCUCCACCAAAAAGACUGGACUUUCUCCAACUUGGCAACCCAAUUCUCUUCCUCGCCCACAAAUGUUCAUUUUACUCAUAUUCAGGCACAGUAUGUACCUCCGAGACCAAAACUUGUGCCAGUCUUCAAAUGCAAACCUGUGAAUGCAACUGAGGUCCAUUCAGCAAACCGGCUAACAGCAGUUGUAAGGCCUUUGUCAUCGACUUGUAUAUCGUCAUCAUCCGAGCCCCAUUGCUCCACCUCGCCAGUCCAUGUUGAUCAGAUCUCAAGGCCUUCAGUCCCUCAGAGAAUGACUUUGCCAUUUUCCAAAAGCAAGCCAGAUGUUAGGAUUCUCCCACCUCUACCUUUUGUACAGACAAUUUCCCAAAUCGUGCCUGAGAUCCCUAGCAAUACAGGGGGAGACAUGAUUCAGUCAAAACCCAAGAGGCUCAAACAAAGCCUGCAGGAUGUGGAGGUUCACGCAAGAAACAAUCAGCUCUCAAAGAUCAACAUCUCAACUCUGCAUGCAUGGUUGAAGAGUCGGGGGAUCAAUGUGCGCUCAAAGGAUAAGAAAGAGGAGCUGGUGUCAAAGGUCAUGAGGAGUCUGAGUGAAAGUUAGGUGCGUUGGGUUGGGUUACUCACCUUAAAAGAACCCUUCCAUACUUGUUCCAUUGAUAAACUGUUCAGUAAGCUGCCAUGAGUUACUUAAUGUUCCUGCACAGCUUUUUCUUUUUUUCAUGCAAGACCUUGUAAGCUAAAAUAUCUUGUUUAAUUGGAUCCAGAGAGGUGCAGAUAA